AUGGCAUCGUAUCUGGGAAGCCUAGUGCAGUUUAAUGUAAAUGUUGAUACGUGGCAGAUCUACCAGAAACAGUUGGACCAAUUUUUGGAGGUGAAUAAAAUCAAGAAUGAUUUUAAGAAAUCAGCCUUAUUAAGCAGCAUUGGUCAGGACGCUUACAAACUGUUACGUGAUUUGUGUACGCCACAAUUACCCAAAGAAAAAACUUUCGAGGAAUUGUGUAGCUUGAUGGAAAACCAUUUUACUCCGAAAAUAAACAUUUUCCGGGAGCGAAAUAAUUUUUAUGAGGCUAGUCAACAAGAUAGCGAAUCAGUGGCCGAUUUCACGGUAAGACUGAGGAAUUUAUCAACAAAGUGCAGUUUUGGCGCCAAUCUCGAAGGUAUUUUAAUCGAUAAAUUUGUUUUCGGUUUAAAAUCGGGGAAGAUUAAGGACAGAAUCUGCGAGGAAAAACCCACUGUAGAAACAACUUUUUCUCAAAUUGUCGAAGUCACACUUGCGAAAGAAUCGUACUUAUCUAAUGAGGCAGGUCAAGUUAACUGGAUCAAGAACAAACAAGGACAACAAUUUCGGCAAAAUUUCCACGCGACGGGGGCGGAAUACAAGAAUUCCGGUUCGAGGCACGCGGAUUGUAGAGAUCGUGUUUCAAAGGAUACAAGGGACCAAGGAGCGCAGAAACAGAUCCAUGGUCAAUCCAAGGGAAGCAGAAUUAAUUCCAAGGUCGAGAGUCGGAGAAUCAACAGUGCACCAGAGAACAAUCAAUGUCGAGUUUGCGGUAAGCGGCACACGGGGUUUCAGAAUUGUAAAUAUAAAAAUUAUCGAUGUAAUCUUUGUGGUGUUAUAGGACAUUUAAUUUUAAUGUGCAAUAAAUCAAAAAGUACAAAUUUUUUGAAUGUGGCGGUAGAUGAUGUUAUUCAUGAGAGUUUAAUUUUGAAUAUAGAAACAAACGAGUUAAAACCUAUUAUUUUANAUUGUAAAUAUAAAAAUUAUCGAUGUAAUCUUUGUGGUGUUAUAGGACAUUUAGCUUUAAUGUGCAAUAAAUCAAAAAGUACAAAUUUUUUGAAUGUGGCGGUAGAUGAUGUUAUUCAUGAGAGUUUAAAUUUGAAUAUGGAAACGAACGAGUUGAAACCUAUUAUUUUAGAUGUAAAAGUGAAUGGUAUUAUGGUAAAGUCACAACUAGAUUCGGGUUCAGGUUUAACAGUGAUUUCGGAAAAAACUUUCUACGAACUGUUCAAUAAAAAUUCUAUUUUAAGGAAGGUUUUUAAGAGUGUUAACGGUUACACUGGUAAAAAAUUAAUGUUUUGGGUUUCUUUCUCGCGGAGAUUGUUUUCAAUGGCAAGACUUACGAAUCUUUCAGCAUUUUUGUAGUUGAGAAAGGAGGUCCAAAUUUGUUAGGCAGGGAUUUCAUGGAUAAAUCUAACAUAAAAUUAACUAAAAUCAAUAUGUUAGAUCAUACCGAACCUAAAUUAGAACAAUUAAAAAUUAAAUAUUCAAAUUUAUUUAGUGACGGAAUGAGUAGAUAUGUGCAUAAAAAAUUUAAAAUCAAGUUGAAGGACAAUGCUACGAUAUUUUACAAACCAAGACAAAUUCCUUUCGCAUUUAAGGGCCAGAUGGAAGAGCAGCUGUAUAGGUUAGAGAAAUUGGGUGUAAUUUCCCAGGUCGAGUCAAACGAAUGGGGGAGUCCAUUAGUACCGAUUCUAAAGGGCGAUGGUAGAAUUAGAAUAUGCGCGGAUUAUAAAGUUACAAUAAACAAGUUUGCUCAAGAGGUAAAAUAUCCAUUACCGAGAAUCGAAGAAAUAUUUCAAAAAGUGAGCAAGGGAAAACAGUUUAGUAAAAUAGAUCUGAGUGAAGCAUACAACCAGUUAGAGUUAGACGACGAGUCUUCAAACAUUUUAACAUGGAGCACUCAUAAAGGACUUUUUCAAGUACAUAGAUUCCCAUAUGAUGUUGCUCCUGCCAGUGCAAUUUUUCAAAAGUUAGUAGAGUAACUUUUCCAAGGUUAUGAUUGUAUAGCAAAUUUUUUGGAUGACAUUAUAAUAACCGGACAAGACAGGGUAGAACAUCUGAAUAAUCUGGACAAAGUAUUUAACAUUUUAAAUGAGGCGGGUUUANACAACCAGUUAGAGUUAGACCAUGAGUUUUCAAAAAUUUUAACAUGGAGCACUCAUAAAGGACUUUUUCAAGUACAUAGAUUGCCAUAUGGUGUUGCUCCUGCCAGUGUAAUUUUUCAAAAGUUAGUAGUGCAACUUUUCCAAGAUUAUGAUUGUAUAGCAAAUUGUUUGGAUGACAUUAUAAUAACCAGACAAGACAGGGUAGAACAUUUGAAUAAUCUGGACAAAGUAUUUAACGUUUUAAAUGAGGCGGGUUUAAAAGUUAAAUUGUCUAAAUGUGAAUUUUUUAAAAGUGAAAUUGAGUAUUUAGGUCAUAUCAUUUCGGCGGUGGGUUUGCGUAAAUGCGAAAAUAAAGUUAGAGCGAUCGCAGACGCGCCAACACCGCGCAACACAACGCAAGUUAAAUCUUUCGCGGGUAUGGUAAAUUAUUAUUCUAAAUUCUUACCGAACGUUUCGAUUAUUAUGAAACUUANAAAUAUUCCAACUAUAACAUCUGCGAGAUUUCAGAGGUGGGCAAUUUUUUUGGCUGGAUUUCAAUAUAAACUCGAGUAUAUUAAAGGGAACGAUAAUUUCACGUCGGAUUUACUUUCGAGAUUACCAAUUAAGGGAGACGUCGUUGCGGUCGAUAGCGAAUCGCAAAGUACGUUUAUGACAUUUAUAGAAUCCGAAUAUUUUCCGAUAAAUCGUAACACAAUUAAAUUACAAACUAACAGAGAUAAGAUUAUCAGUAAAGUUUAUUAUUAUGUGACUCGUGGGUGGCCAAAAUCGAUUAAUGGUGAUUUAAAACCAUACAAGGACAGACAUACCGAUUUAUCGGUUGAGAAAGGUUGUUUAAUGUUAGGUUACAGAGUCGUAAUACCGAGUAAAUCGCGUAAACAGAUUUUAGACGAGUUGCAUUGUACGCAAUUGGGCGUUGUCAAAAUGAAGGCAGUCGCGAGAUCGUAUGUUUGGUGGCCCAAGAUUGAUCUUCAGAUAGAAAAUUUAGUUAAAUCGUGUGAUUUUUGUAUGCAGCUAAGACAAAACCCUAGGAAGUCUGAGUUAAUACCUUGGAAUNGACCGAGUGGUGUUUGGCAGAGAGUUCAUAUAGACUUUUUCGGGCCAUUCCAUAAUAGUUACUUUUUGGUAGUUUUAGACGCGUUCUCAAAGUGGUUAGAGGUGAAAGAGAUGAGAAAUAUUACGGCGAGCAAUACUAUUAUCGAAUUACGUGAGAUAUUUAGUAGAUGGGGGUUACCUUUAAUAUUAGUGUCGGAUAACAGCGCUCAAUUAACGCAAUUUAUAUUAAAAUAA